CAAGUGAGGGCUGCAGGCCGGACCAGCGCCCGCCUGGGAGAGAGCCCACCGGGCCGGGCGGCCUGGGACCCAUGAACAGCGGGGCCCCAGGGCCGCUGGCCGUGGAGAGAGUGAAAUUCUUCAGCAGGCACCGUGGGGAGGUCAACUCCUCUGCCUUCUCUCCCGAUGGCCAGAGGCUGCUGACAGCAUCUGAGGAUGGCUGUGUGUAUGGCUGGGAGACCCAGAGCGGGCAGCUGCUGUGGAGGCUGAGUGGCCAUGCAGGUCCCGUGAAGUUCUGCCGCUUCUCCCCUGAUGGCCGCCGUUUUGCCACUACCUCCUGUGACUGUACCAUCCGCCUGUGGGAUGCAGCAGAAGCUAAGUGUCUGCAUGUCCUAAAGGGUCACCAGCGGAGUGUGGAGACGGUCAGCUUCAGCCCUGACUCAAAGCAGCUGGCGUCGGGUGGCUGGGACAAGCGGGUGAUGCUCUGGGAAGUGCAGUCUGGCCAGAUGCUGCGCCACUUGGGAGGGCACCAAGACGCCAUCCAGAGCAGUGACUUCGCACCCAGCUCAGACUUCCUGGCCACUGGCUCCUGGGACUCCACUAUUUGCAUCUGGGACCUGCGGACGGAGACCCCCGUGAGCUUCCCCCACAAGCUGGAGGGCCACAGUGGUAACAUCAGCUGCCUGUGCUACUCGGCAUCUGGCCUCCUGGCUUCUGGCUCCUGGGAUAAGACUAUCCACAUCUGGAAGCCCUCCAGCAGAAGCCUGCUUGCUCAGCUCAAGGGCCAUGUUACGUGGGUGAAGAGCGUAGCUUUCUCCCCUGAUGAGUCACAGCUGGCCAGCGCCGGUUACUCCCGUACGGUCAAAGUCUGGGACUGCAACACAGGAAAAUGCAUUGAGACCCUGAAGGGAGUCCUGGAUGUGGCCCAUGCUUGCGUCUUCACCCCAGAUGGGAAACUCUUAGUGUCUGGAGCUGCUGACUAAGCGAGAUGCCAAGUGCACUGCUCUAUCAAAUCACGCAGAGCCUCUGGGA